ACAAUUUUGCUUCUUAUCGCUCUAUACCUUCCUCUCUGAGCUUCUUCAUUCUCUUCCACCAAACUCCCAAAUAGCUCUUCAAUGAUGAGUAAAAAAACAAGCGGAGAAAUAGCAGAGCAGGAGAAAAGCUCAAUUAGCCUUUCCAACUUUCUGCAUCUCUUUGACGAGCAAUGGUUCUUCUGCAACGCUCUGAAUGGCGACUUGGUAGUAACUAAGAAAUCACUUCAUGAAAGGCCGCCUCAGCCGCCAGCGGCGGCUGCGGAAACGGAGGUGGCGGAGACGACGGUGAAGAUUGAGAAGAUGGAUUCUUUUUCAGCUCGCCAACUGAUACGAACUCCAUCACUGCCUCCUUCUCGAGUUAGAUGCGAUGGGAGCGGCGGGCAAGAAGAAGAGGCAGGGCCGAGGAACUACUGCUCCGGUCGAAAGCUGAGAUACUCUUACAGCUCCUUGGAUGAUCCUGUUCAGCAAUCUAUCUCUUCUUCAUCUUCUUCCAAGAGCACGGGAAGGCAGAGGCCUCCAAGAACCGAACGCCCGCACAGGCGCUGCGCUAAUCCCCACCUUCUCCUGUGCUGGGAAGCAAGCAACAGAAAGGCCUUUCAGAGCAAGAGAUGGAGGAGUCUCGGAGAUCUGGAGACAAUGGAGUUGCAGGGAUUCAAAGACCUCGGCUUCGUGUUCGACGGAAGGGAGGGACUGAGGAAGGAGGAAGAAGAAGAUGGUGGGCAGAAGAGGCUUUAUUUGCCGGAGGGUUGGUUCACGCAGAGGUCAGCUCCGCCGGUGGUUCUACGGCGGGUGGGUUGCUGGUCCGGCGAGGAAAUGAAGGAGCAGCUCCGGUUCUGGGCUAGGGCAGUGGCCUGUAAUGUCCGGCGGGAUUGCUGAUAGACUUUAGCAUCUUAUGAGUUCAUAAAUUUAUCAUCUCUGUAAAUUUUGUAUUUUUUUUGUUCAUCUAUUCAAUAAUGUUUCAAUAGGUGAUGAGUGAGGAGCAUUUGAGAGGAAAAAAAUGUGUAUGAAUCAACAUGGAAUUCAAAGCCGUUUGAUUUAUAUUGAGCUUAGUGUUAUUUAA